AUGAAAUGGCAUUCACAUGAGUUACUUUCGGUUAAAGGCUGGUACUGAAGUGACUUCAAACUGACAUUAUUAUUAAUUAAAACUAUACACUAAAUAUUAAAAAUUAUGCAAGCAAUUUCUCGUCGAGAAAUUAAAUUACUGUUAAUAUGAAAUUAUCAGAUCAUUAUCAUCAUCAUCAUCAUCAGGGAGAUAUCAAUGCUGCAUGAAUUGGCGUUUCACCUACUACUCCUAAAGCUUUAUUCUUCCAUGCCCCCACUCUUACAGCAUCAUCUCCCCUUUUACAUUCUUCCUUUCCUUUUCCUUUCUUCUUGCAUCAUUCACUCCAACAACUCUCUUUCCCUCUCUCAGCAACGUAAUUGGCUGCUUGAGGCCUGAAACUAGAACCAGAAGCUAGCUCAACCUGAAAAACUUUUUAUCAAGCUCUCUCUCUCUCUCUGUCUAUCAAUGGCGAAAACCAAUAUUGAGUCAUACUUCAACAGGUUCCUUUCUCUUUUCAUCCUUCUUCUCCACCUUGGUUGCUUCGUUUUCACAGCUAAAGACCUCCAAAAACCAACCAAGAAAAGGAAAUCGUCGCCUCUUUCUCCUUCUCACAAACCCCACAAAUUGGCUGUUUCCUCAACUUGGUCUUAUCUCAAACGCAUCUUGUCUUCUUCUAAAGCCAACUGCAAAAACACCAUCCAAACACACCCUGCAACAGCAACGACACCCGCGUUAACCUCUGCGAGAAACUCCCUACAAUCCCUUGUCUCCAUGAUUAUCCCACCUCAAACUCAUUUGUUAGACAGCCCUCCUCCACGUCAUAAAAAACAAUCCGGGUCUUGUCCAGAAUCGGACAUCUCAUCCGACAAUCAAUUCUUCCCACUACGUAAUGAUAUCUUCCCAUGCACAGUUUGCGGUGAGAUUUUCCAAAAACCCCAUUUUCUUGAACAACACCAAGCAACCAAACACGCCGUAUCCGAACUCAUUGAUGGUGAUUCAGGAAAUAACGUAGUUCGGAUCAUAUUCAAAACAGGCUGGACCGACAAAGUUAAGAACCAUGAAAUACAUCGUAUUUUAAAAAUCCACAACAGCCCAAAGAUUCUUGCAAGGUUCGAAGAAUACAGAGAGCUUGUAAAAGCAAAAGCCGGAAGAAACGGUGCCAUCGGGAGAAGAGACGAGAGGUGCAUAGCUGAUGGGAACGAGUUGUUAAGAUUUUACUGUUCAACUUUUAUGUGUGAUUUGGGACUUAAUGGGAGUUCCGGCAUUUGUAAUCAACAGUUUUGUAGCAUUUGUGGGAUAAUUAAGUCAGGUUUUUCACCGAAGAUGGAUGGAAUCUCCACGCUAUCUACGAGCUGGAGAGCACACGUGGCGAUCCCUGAGGAUUUAGAGGAAGAGUUCAAGUUCCUGAACGUGAAACGGGCCAUGCUUGUCUGCCGGGUCGUGGCCGGUCGGAUCGGAUCGGAAGGGGAAGAAAUAGACAAGGAAGAUGGUGGAUUUGAUUCGGUGAUAGGGAGGGGAGGAGGGAGUGGAGCACAUACCAAGUUAGAUGAAGAAGAGCUGUUGGUUUUCAAUCCAAGGGCAGUGCUCCCUUGCUUUGUGAUUGUAUACACUGUUUGAGUGUUUUUACCUCUCUGCCAGUGACCAAAAACAAUUGGUUACAGCUAAAAUUAGCUAUAUCAUCUGGAGAUUGCUGUAAUGGUAGCAUAGAUUAAUGUCUGCUGUCUUUAAUUAGGAUAACUUGUGUAUUUAGGGAGUGUGAUGUAAAUCUACUGUUUGGAUCAGAUUAGUACGUUUUAUUUUCUCCCAUUUUCUGUAUUUUUCUUUUUUUUACGAGUUUAAUAGAAUUUGAAAGAACGAAUUUAAAUUCGCCGAUUCAAGGCUGCUCUAUUUGAUAACU